AUGGCCGACGCCAAAAAACCCGCCGUUCUGAUUGUCGGUGGCCUCGGCUUCAUCGGUCGACACCUCGCGCUAUACAUCCACGAGAACAAUUUAGCCUCGGAAGUCCGUUUGGUGGAUAAGGUCCUGCCCCAAUUAGCCUGGCUGGCCCCAGAAUUCGAAGAGGCAUGCUCCAAGGACAAAUUCGUCCAGGCAGAUGCCAGCCGUGAACAACACUUCCCGCGCAUCUUUGACCGCGCCAAUGGCGAACAAUUCGACUAUGUGAUCAACUGCGGCGGCGAGACACGGCACUCGCAACCCGACGAUGUUUAUGAAGUCCGCAGCUGCGGCCUGACCGUUGCCCUCGGCAAGGAAAUCGCCCGACGCGGCAUCCCCGCCUUUGUCGAGACCUCGACCGCGCACGUCUACAAGAGCGGCUCCACACCACGCAAGGAGACUGACAAGCUCGCCCCGUGGCACAAAUUGGCUGCCUGGAAGUUGAAGGCCGCAGACGAACUCAGUAAAAUUCCAGACUUGCGGUACUGCUCGCUGCGCCUGCCCCAUGUCUACGGCGCCUACGACUCGGGCUAUUUCGCCAUGGGUAUUUGUCUUGCUGCCGUCUAUGUCGAACUCAAGCAGGAUUUGGUCUUCCUGCACACUAAGGACCUCAAAAUUAACACUGUGCACGUCAAGGAUGCCGCCAGAGCGCUGUUCGAGGCUGCUAAGUGGCGUGCCGCGAAGGGCUCCAUCGACCCCAACGAGUGUGUUUCAUUCAACAUUGUUGACUAUAAUGACACAAGACAGGAGCACGUCGCUAUUGCCUUGACCGAGGUCUUUGGCCUCAAGGUCUCGUUUAUCGGAUCGCUCGCUUCGCAGCUGGCUAAGUUGAAUCUCGACGAUGUCGUCGAUGACUUGAACGAGGUUGGUUUGCAGACUUGGGCUGAGCUCGUUCAGCAGGCCAACAUCACGCGGCCUGGCCCGAUCAGCCCGUUCCUUGAGCGCGAUGUUCUCAAGGACCAGGAUAUGUCUAUCGACGGAUCGAGAUUUGAAAAAGAGACUGGCUGGAAACCAUUGUACCCGGCCUUCAACGCGGACAGUGUCCGUGAAAUCGUGGAUAGCUAUAAACGUAUGGGCUGGUGGCCAUGCUAG